UUGGAGGGAGUGGCUCGACCAGAGCCAAAAAAGGAGAAAAGUCCGCAGAGGGGGAGAUCGCCGAGGAGGAAUUCGCCCAAGCGGAGUGGGCAGAAAAGGGCAUCACCCCGAAGAGAGAGUCGAGAUUCGAAAAGGGAGAAGAGGGAUGAGUGGCAGAGGAGGCCGAUGUUGUUUGAGAGACAGAGAUACCACACUUUUACGCCCUUGAGAAAAGACAUGACGGAGGUUCUCGAGGCUAUGGAGCAGAAGAUACAUUUGAUAGAUGAGAUCGAGAUGCUGAUUCGAGCAGGAUAUCUGAAAGAAUUUGUGUAUCAUGAUAGGGUGAAGGGGAAAGGAAGGAGAAGGUGUAGGGAAGACUCGGAGGAAAGGAGCGAUAGAGAUGAGGAGGGAGAAGGUCGAGACGGUCGAGGAAAGAAGCCAAGGAGAGAUGGUGAUAAGGGGGGACAUGGAGGAGAGGCCCCGAUGAAGAGAGGAACUAUUUACAUGAUUUCCGGUGGGCCAACUGAUGGUGACUCGAAUAGGGCCAGGAAAAAGCAUGCUCGAGCGGUGAAGAGGAAGAGAGAGGAGGUGGGAAUUACGGCCCGCAUGCCGGUGAUAAGUUUUAAGACGGAGGAUGCCGAGGGAGUGGUCCUGCCGCACAAUGAUGCUUUUGUGAUAACCGCGGAGGUCGCAGGCUUCGAUGUGAAGAGGGUGUUCAUAGAUACCAGGAGUUCGGUAGAUGUGAUGUUCUAUGACUGUUUUGUGCAGAUUAACAAGGAGCUGAAUAUGGAGCUGAAACCGGUGACCACGGCGCUCUACAGUUUUAACGGGGGAGAAGUUAUGCCGAUGGGAGAGGUCAGUUUGCCCGUGGCAUUGGGAUCGGGAGAGUUGAGGAAGGUGCGCAUGGUGAGAUUUGUGGUUGUAGGGGCUGAGUCGUCCUAUAACAUCAUCAUGGGGCGGACGAGCUUGAAUGCAUUCCAGGCAGUCGUAUCCACGUACCACAUGACGAUCAAAUAUCCGGUGGGCGAAAACGUAGGGGAGAUUGCUGGGGAUCAGCUCACUUCGAGAAGUUGCUACCAAACGACAGUCAGCAAUAACAAGCAAUUGGCAAAGAGGCAGGCCGAGUCGAAGGGGGAGGAGAUUAAUCGACCAGGGGGAUCGAGGUCGAAGGAGGAUAAACAGAAAGUGGAGAAAGGAAAGGAGAAAAUGGAUAUCCAACCUGGGGAAGAAGUCGAGGAGAUUCAAAUGAUCGAGGGGUGUGAAGGGAGAAAGUUCCGGAUCGGAAAGGAUCUGGAAGAGCCUAUUCGGUCGAGGCAGAUCCAGUUGGUCAGGGAAUUCGCUGAUGUUUUUGCCUAUACAGCAGAGGAGUUAACGGGAAUAAGUGCGGAGGUGAUCGAGCACCGGCUAAACAUCGACCUCAGCGUGAGGCCGGUGAAGCAGAAAAGAAGGCACCAUGGGGCAGAGAUGGACAAAAUCAUCGAGCAAGAGGUCGAGAAACUGUUGGGAGCACGACACAUUAAAGAGAUUCAGUUCCUCGAAUGGCUGUCGAACACGGUGAUGGUGUCAAAGGCGGAGGGGAAGUGGAGGAUGUGCAUUGAUUUCCGCGAUCUGAACAAAGAAUGCCCGAAGGACUUAUAUCCACUGCCCAGAAUUGACCAGCUGGUCGACUCAACGGCAGGGUGCGAGCUGUUGAGCCUGAUGGAUGCCUCCCAGGGAUACCAUCAAAUCCCCUUGGCGAGAGAGGACUGGAAGUGGGUGAGUUUCGUAACGAGUCGAGGGACCUAUUGUUACGUGGUCAUGCCGUUCGGCCUAAAAAACGCGGGCGCCACGUAUCAAAGGUUGGUCGAUAAAAUCUUUAAGGAGCAACUGGGGAGAAACAUGGAGGUGUACGUGGAUGAUAUGUUGGUGAAAAGUAAGGAGGAGUUGGAUCACGUACGAGAUUUGAAAGAAACGUUCCUAACAUUACGAAGGUAUGGGAUGAAGCUGAAUCCGGCUAAAUGCUCUUUUGGGGUGAGGUCCGGAAAAUUCUUGGGUUACUUGGUGACCAAGAGAGGUAUUCAAGUCAAUCCGGAGAAGGUUCGAGCUGUGAUGGAGAUGAAGUCACCGACGAAUGUUAAAGAAGUGCAGAUCUUGGCUGGUCGAAUAGCGGGGCUGAGUCGUUUCAUAUCAAAGGUGGCAGAGAAGAGCGGCCCAUUAUUUAAAACGUUGAAGAAGAGUGCGAAAUUCCAGUGGACAGAGGAGGCACAGAAGGCAUUUGAGGAGUUGCGAGGGGUGCUGGCCAACCUUCCAUUAUUGGCUAAGCCCAUACAGGGCGAAGAGUUGGUGCUAUACAUUUCUAUUGGAGAGAGGGCUGUGAGUUCGGUGUUGUUGCGAGAGGAAGGAAUAGCGCAAUUCCCUAUCUAUUAUGUGAGUAGAGUGAUGCAGGGGGCCGAGACAAGGUAUUCAGAGAUGGAGAAGUGUGCUUUAGCUGUGGCUGUAACUGCUCGAAAGUUAAGACCUUAUUUCUUGAAUCAUAAGGUGAAGGUGCGAACGAAUAUGCCGCUGGGAGAAACACUUGGCCGGCCAUCAGUCUCUGGUCGAUUGGUGAAGUGGGCGGUUGAACUGAGUGAAUAUUCUUUGACGUACAAGCCAAGGAGAGCCAUAAAAGCACAGGUGUUGGCUGAUUUUAUCCAGGAAGGCACGAAAGUCGAGGAGGAGUCAGAGGGAUUAUGGCA